AUGAAUAAGUUUUUAUUUUGUUUAAAAAUGAAAUUGUCAGAUCUUUGCAAAGACGCUUCUCCAAUGCUCAAUCAAACAUCUGUAUUUGAUCCAAGAGAGGUCAAAAUACAUAAAGAUAAACUUUAUGAAAAACUUUUUGAGGAGACUGGAAAUAUAGAAUUUGAUGUCUUGGUGCAGCAGUCAUUAGAAAUAAUUUCCCAUGCGUUUUUAAUAAUUCUAGAAAGACAAGCAAUUGAUCAGCUCCCAGGAGGUAAAUAUUGGAACUCAGAUGAUAGAAUUCAAAAGGCUGCUGAAAAUGUACCAACAACUAACAAAGCUUCAGAAAGUGAUUUUGCGAUUCUGGAUCUACUUAUUCGGGCAAAGCCCAAUGCUAAAAUACAAACAAUUCAAGCAUAUACAAUGUGGUACAGAAACAAAACCUUAGAUUGGUUGGAUGCGAAAUCAGAAGAAGAGCGUUACAUUUUAAUUGGAAAAGCUUCUAAUAGUGUUGAAAAAAUGAAAUUAAAGUAUAAAGAGCAUCAAGUAGAGUUAAUAUCAAAGAAAUCUUCUAUUCUGAUUGUAAAACAGCAACUCAAAGCAGAUACAGAAAAGAAGGCAUUGCUGAAAAAAGCAAAUAUUGUAAAUGAGCUUAUUCAAUUGAAAUCACAAGUUUGGCUAACAGUAGAUGAAGCAAAAGAUAAAUCCUCAAAAAUUGAAAAUGAUACUUUAAGGAAGCAAGUUAUUAGAGUUCAAUUAGAUUUUUAUCGUUAUGUAAUGGGGGCAAAAUGUUUGUUAAAGCUGUUUUAUAAAACUAAAGUUUCUGGAAAUAAACGUGUUGAUUUAAGUUCAGGUGAGUUAAUGGAGAACCUGUUGACUGUCAUUGGUAAUUGCAAUUUGCCUCCACCAGAAAAAACAACCAAUACAUUAAAAGAAAAAAACCAACGCAAUGACUUGAUUAAGAAACAAAAAGAAAAGUUGUUUACAACGUUAAAAGAUUCUAGAAUGUCACAUUUUGCAAAACAAAAAAAAGUCCUGUUUCUGCCGACUUUAUUAGAUGAUCCAUUUAGUUUAGUUGGGCGAGUUAUUCUUCAUAAAAUAAAAGAAGUUGAUGAAGAAGAGUAUUUUUGGUGCAAAGCAGAUGUUCUUAAAAUAGGUAAAGUUGGAAAAAAAAUCAAGCAAACAUUAUAUGAUGUUAUUUACGAAUCAGAACCUGGAAUCAUUUAUACAUUUCCACUGUUAUCUGACUUUGAUAAAGGAGAUAUGAUCUUGUUAUAAAAGAAACAUUUAAACACAAUGAAGUGCUUGUAAGAUUGUGGUGCAAUGCAAACAAGAAGAAAUGGUGGAUGCUGAUUUUAAAUACAUUUUUGUAUUUUUCUUAAUUUUGAUUUGUGUAUUUUUUGAUUAUUGUGUUUUUUCCAGCAGUGAUUAUCCUUUAAGUAAAGAUUUUAUUGCCUUUGACCCAAUUGCCCCAAAUGGGGCAAACUAGCAUUGGGAUUACAUAUUUGUUGGGUUUUUAUAAAUGUAUAUGAAUUUGUUUACUCUUACAAUAUAAAAAAGUUUUUUCAUUCUUUAACUAAAGUUUUUUUUUUUUUUGGUUUUUACAGAAAUUUCAUUGCCUUUGACCCAAUUGUCCCAAAUGGGGCAAACGAGCAGUGGGGUUCUUACAUAUAUUUUGGGUUUUUAUAAAUGUGUAUGAACUUGUUUACUCUGACAAUAUGAAAAAGCACUUUUUCUUUAA